UUCCCCAUCACCAAAAAAUGAGCAAUGCGAAUUAAUCAUGAAGAAGAUAUCUAAAAUCCCGGUCCCACAUCCACCACCACCACCACCACCACCACCACCACCACCACCACCACCACCACCGGUUUCAACUUCAAGAAGAUAUGAAAUUUCAAAAGCAUAUAAUACACCUUUAGAAGUUUCCCGAAAAGUGACAAGUCCUAACAAUGUCACUUCAUUUGAUGACGAGGACAAAGUACGAGCCACGUCAGACAUAGGCACGGUGUGGGACCAGUUAAAAUCGAGCUCGUUUAAGUUGAACGAGGAUGCUAUGGACUCGUUAUUCGGACGCAAUUCUGUGAAAGCAGUUCCUAAAGAAGCAACUAGGAAGUUCGUUUUACCGUCUUUUAAGCAGGAGAAUCGGAUAUUAGACACAAAAAAGUCUCAGAAUAUUGCUAUUCUACUACGUGCAUUGAAUGUGACAAGGGAAGAAGUUUCCGAAGCACUUUUAGAUGGAAAUCCAGAAGGAUUGGAUCCAGAGCUUUUCGAGACAUUAGUGAAGAUGGCACCGAGCAAGGAGGAAGAGACAAAACUUAAAAACUGCGAAAACGAAAGCUCUAAAUUGGGCCCCGCAGAGCGUUUCCUAAGGGCAAUACUCGAAAUCCCAUUUGCCUUCAAAAGAGUCGAGGCAAUGGUGUACAGAGCAAACUUCGAUACGGAAGUGAAAUAUCUUCGGAAAUCUUUUCAAACCUUAGAGGAAGCAAGUGAAGAACUAAAGAACAGUCGCCUAUUCCUUAAACUCCUAGAAGCAGUUCUAAGGACAGGAAACCGCAUGAACAACGGUACAAACCGAGGCGAAGCAAAAGCUUUCAAAUUGGACACACUAUUGAAAUUAGUAGACAUAAAAGGAACAGAUGGAAAGACAACCUUACUUCACUUUGUUGUCCAAGAAAUCAUUAGGUCAGAAGAAGCAUUUUCCGAUGACCCUGCAAACAAAAACACACCAUGUAAUAAAAGCAACCUCAAAUUCAACGAAGACGAUUUCAACAAACAAGGGUUGCAAGUCGUAUCAGGCUUAAGCAAAGAGCUCGCAAAUGUUAAAAAAGCCGCAACAAUGGAUUCAGAUGUUUUGAGCGGCUACGUGAAAAAACUCGAAACGGGACUUCAGAAAACUAAACAGGUUCUACAGUACGAGGAACAAAGUCUAUUAAGGGGGAAUUUUUUCGAUUCGAUGAAAUUGUUUCUGAAAGAAGCUGGCGAUGAGAUAUCUAGGGUUAAGGCUGAAGAAAGGAAAGCUUUGUCUCUAGUGAGGGAAGUCACACAGUACUUCCAUGGGGAAACUAAUGCAAGAAACGAGGGACAUUCGUUGAGGAUUUUUACGGUAAUACGAGAUUUUCUGUCGGUUUUGGAUAAUGUGUGCAAAGAUGUGGGGAGAAUGCAGGAUAGGACAACGGGGUUAGGGAGAUCGUUUAGAAUAUCAGCAAACGCACCGUUGCCAGCGGUGAACAGAUAUAACGAGCAUAACAGUACGAGUUCAGAUGAUGAUAGCAUAUGAUAAUGCGGCAUAAACACAAAGUAAACACGUAUUUAAACAAAUAGUAGCCAAAAUGUCAACAUUCUUUUUUUUUUUUUCUUUUACCCCCUCGUUCUUGUGUUUCCCCCUAAUUUUGCAACAUAACGCUUCAAUAAAAUAGAGAACCGAAAAAUCUGGACCUUUGAUGCUGUGAGUAAAUGGUUCAACUUAGAAAAAAAGA